UUUAAUUCUCUGCAAUCCUUACAGGCUAUAGACAGACUGCUCUUGUCUCUCUUCUCAAUCUCAUCGUAAAUCACAAGAAAGACAAAGAUGCCGAAGACGUACAAGCUGGAGUACUUUAACCUUCGUGGUCGCGCGGAAUUGUCCCGUCUGCUUAUGGCACAAGCUGAUAUGAAGUAUGAAGAUGUUCGGCUCUCAUUCGCCGAUUGGGGGACAGCCAAGGGAAAUCAAGAGAAGUACCCCUUGGGAUUUCUGCCAGUGCUGGAGGAAGAUGGAAAAGUCAUUUCACAGAGUAUGACCAUCGCUCGUCAUCUGGCGAGAGAGUUUGGAAUGGCGGGACAGAAUGAAGAAGAAAUGGUGAUGAUUGAUAUGAUUUGUGAGACGUGUAACGAAUUGCUGAGCAAGAUGAUUGAGAUAGCCCUGAUGCAAGGCGAAGCCAAGCCAAACGCGGUGAAAGAGUUUACGGAAGUCAAAUCUCUACUCCCUAUGAAAAAUAUUACAACAUGGCUGGAGAUGAACGGCAAGGGAAAUGGAUACUUCGUGGGCGAAAAGAUGUCGGUGGCAGACCUUUUCGUCUUCAGCAUCAUGGAACACCUCGCAGGAAAAUACCCAAAUAUCCUCACCAAGCAUCCCCUUCUCCAAGCCUUCUAUGAGAGAAUGAUAAAGGAACCCAAGUUAGCUGCCUGGAUCGUGAAGCGUCCAAAUCAAGAUAUAGAUAUCUAAGCACACUCUUUUUUUAAUUCUACGUUUCCAUGGCAACCAAUCGUCUGUAAGUUAAAGGUAAUACAACGUUUUGGUAUGGGGUCAUGAAUUUGGUUCAAAUUAACAUAUUUGAAGCAUAUGCUAUCCUACAAUAUUU